GUUUGCUUUGGCUUUCUUCAUAGGGGUUUGUUAUGGUGUUACAUUAAAAGACAAUAGAUAUGAAGGGAUAUACGUCGCUGUUCAUGAUCUUGUGACCGAAGAUCAAAGCUUAAUCGACAGAAUAAAGGAUAUCUUUACUGCCGCAUCACGAUUGCUGUUUAGGGCUACGGAACAGCGCGUGUAUUUUGGUGAAAUCAACAUCGUCGUUCCAAGAUCCUGGACACCACAGAGAGACGCCCAGCCAGUCCAACAGUCCGAGCGCGGAUACUUCAAGGUAGAAGACGGACAAAUGAUAACCCCGAGGACAUUUGGCAAUGAUAUUUGUGGACAAGGAGGAACGUACACUUAUCUCCCCUUGUCAUUCGUCAAGAACACAUCCAGGACUGAUUUUGAAAAACACGAGAACGUUCUCGUUCAUGAAUGGGCACAGCUACGGUGGGGCGUGUUUCCGGAAUAUGGUACCGAUGCGGAAGCCAAAGGGCAUUUCUACCAAGCUGGAGGGAAGUGGAAACCCACACGCUGCAGUGAGAACGUUCAAGGUCGUGUGGGGUUCGGUACUAAUUGUAAGGCUAGUUCGUGGUGUGAUACAAAUGAUUCAACACGACGUAUCCACCCCGGUUGUCGAUUCUGUCCUGAUCUUACACAAUCGGUAGCAGUGGCGUCCAUUAUGGACAACCAAUUCGUGGACCUAGUAUGUUAUAGAGCUGUUCAGGAGUGUAUUGUUGCAUACAAAUAUUUUUGUUAA